CAAUGUAUAUGCAUUUUUGUGCUUGGAUUAUUAGAGUAAUUGGGUUUCACAUAUGUUGAGAAAUUGGAUUUGGGUUUGUAGUUUUGUGAAAUUUGACUUCACAGUGAGUCCUUGAGCGAUGGGAUUUUGUGGGUCUGGUACUGAAAUGAAAUGGAGAGGUUUGGAGAACAUUCGAAUAGAUUGAACAGCUAAUUUGUGGUUUCAGGACCUCUUUGCGUUAGAGAUUGAGAUAGAAGAUCAUUUGAGGGAAUGGGAAAAUGGGGGUUAGGGUUUAGGGUUUAGGGUUUAGGCCUGAUUUAAUAGUGAUAGGUAUGUCUUUGUAUCAGUGCAGGAGUUCCGUUCACUUAGCAGCAGGAAUGUACCUUAGUUUUCCACAACUAAACUGCAGCCAGUGAUGGCCGGGUGGGUAAGGAGUAAAUUUUCCGACCCUUCCCGUCCUUGCUUUGAUUUAUAAUCUCCAUUUUUUGCUCUCAUUCUCACCUUCGGGAAUGUGGGUGUUCCUGUGCCCUCCCCUCCACCCUUUUCUUAAAGAUAUUUCCUUAUAAAGGAAACUGCUAUAUAUACAUAAUAUAGAAAUAGUUUACAUUAACAAACUUGAUAAGUUAAUACACUUUAAACAAUAUAAAAUAAAAUGAAAAGUGAAAAACUUAAUAAUUAUACUUAACAAGUUAGUAUGUUAUAUAUUUUUGUGGACAAAACGGGCAAGGAUUGGCCCGGAUUGGAGAUUUCUAUUGCCCAAAACUCUGAAUGAGGUAGGUUGUGCGGCCAAUUCUUGAGGCAUUGCUUACCGUCAUGCAGAGCUCUGUAGUAGUCUGAUGCAGAAAUGAAUGUGCAGACAAGAUCAGUGUGUCUACUUUAGAGGUCUGUACGCUCGAUUGUUUUCUUACACCUCUGCUCUGAUCUUAAAAUCUAAAAUAUAUAUGCCAUUCAUGACAUGAGAUAAGGAUUGACAAUAUGUCGUAUUUCGGGUUUUCUUUUCUUGGUAGGUCUUUAUUGAUAGUAAUGAAUGAUGAAUUAAAAAGGGGAGUGAGAUGAGGGUUGAGGAACUGGGAAAGCAUUCUCUAUCAGCUUCUGUAACUUUACCUUUUUUCUGUCUAUUUACUUUAUAGAGAGAGAUUCUUUUUUGUGGUAUGUAUAAUAAUUAAUAAUUCAGUUGCAGUGGUCAUGUGAUGAUAUGCAUAUGGUAAGGGGGAUUGAAUCCUAUGAUUUUAUAGAGAGAAGUCAAGUGAUAGAGUCAACUGAACAUUGAGUCUUUGAGGCAUGUGUAGAACCACGGGAAAGAGUUCUAGUAGGUAGAUUCACUGCUGUCAUGAACAAAGUAUGGCCUAUAGUUGAGCUGGUUUUGCUCACAAAGUAUUUAUUUUCCUCAAAUCUGAGUAUCCCGCUUCUUCAGAAAAGGGAAAAGGUUUGGGAAGACAAUAGUGAGAAUGAAAUGUGAGAAAAGUAGUUUCAAUGAAGAUGGCGAAGGGAGAGCAUGCAUGAAUGGCCCAGUGUGAGUUUUGGGAGCAGGAGAGAAAAUUUGGGUAAAGACUAUCUGAAAAGCUGACAUUGUCAGUAUCUAGUUUGUUAUUUCUAUAAUCCUUUGUAGCCAUCUGAGCGGUCUUGGAACAGUUGUGAUUUAGUUGUCAUUGUGCUCUGGCAGGAGAGCAGGAUUCACUUGGUUCAUUGUUUGGUUGCUCUUUACAUGUCUUCCAAAGCUUUCUAGGUUUUUGCAGUUGUGAUUUCGACACUCAUGCACGUAUAUGUAAUUAAGCCUUCUCUUAAUUAAAGCUAGAAAACUGAUUUGGAAACUUUGUUCUAGGUUUUAAAUAAUAAUGAAUCAUCCAGAGAUAUUUUGGUAAUAUGGAGUGGUUUAGAAACUGGUCUCCUGCCUAAUUAUUUGUCCUCGCGGCAAUCACCUUCUAGCAGGUUGGAAUUAGCAGCCAUGUUUCUGAAAGUACAGUUGCCCUGGAAUGUUGUAAUUCCUGCUGAGAGCUUGGAUAUGAAGGGUCUGAUGCUCCAAAAGUCGAUUGUUGUCCGCCUGCUGGAGGACUUUGCAUCAAGAAAGGCAACCAAAGAUAUGGGCUACUAUCUUGCUCUCACAACUCUGGAGAGUGUAGGAGAGGGCAAAGUGAGGCAGCAGACUGGGGAUGUUCUGUUUCCAGUUGUUUUUAGCGCUGUUACCUUCAAGCUUUUCAGGGGAGAGAUCGCAGAGGGUGUAGUUCACAAAGUUCUGAAGCAUGGAGUUUUCCUCAGUUGCGGCCCAGUUGAAAACAUGUAUCUCUCGAAGAUGAAAAUGCCAGAUUACGAUUAUGUGCCUGGGGAGAAUCCUGUAUUCAUGAACAGGAAGAUGUCAAAAAUUGAGAAAGGCACCACCGUACGCUUCAUCGUCAUCGGGACUAAGUGGCUUGAGGCACAAAGGGAAUUUCAGGCUUUGGUUGGCUUGCAUGCAGAUUAUCUAGGGCCAGUUUCUUAGAUUGGUUUCCUUGGUAAGCAAAUUGGACAAGUGUUGUUCCUUUCUAAUGAUGAUUUAGAAAUGUACAACUUUUAGCAAUGCUGGCUGCUGAUGCUGACCUUAUUAGUCUGUCUUUGCUGUGUUAAUAUCCUUUUGUUUUUCUGUAUGCACUUUACAAAUCAUCAAUUUAGCUUUUUGCUUACUCUCUAAA